GGUUGAACAACGCUUAGAAAAAAAUUCUAAAUAGACUCUGCUUGCGGUAAUGACAUAACAGUUUUAAGUAAAAAAAAAACACCGUGGAUGUAGACGCCUCAUUAUUUUUUCUGUACUCAAGUUUAAUAAAAUCUGACCUAAAGAAAAAAUGUUGUCAUCUUGUUGUUUGUUUUCCUAUGGGAACAAGCUUAGGCACCGCAAGUGUCGUGAAAUCCGGAACGCCAUGAAGGCAGCAUUUGUCCAUGCACAGCUGCGAUGCACUUCUGAAGAGACAGGUCGUGUCCUGCAGUCAGCAGCCGAUUGAUGAGGUCUUUGGAGUUUCACUGUUUCAUAUAAAACCUGUGUGUUUCUGAGCGUCAGAGGAGCAUUUCUGAUCGAUAUCAUGUCCGGCUGGAAUCUAUGUGCGUAAAAGAAGCAACUUUUAUUUUUUUUUUUAAUUUUUAAGACGUGUUCUUUAUGAGAGCCACAUGCAACAACUUCAGUCUGGAGAGUUAAGGAAUGGAAAAACAUGGGCUUCAACAAAGGCUUCCUGCUGCAGGUAGCUAGCUAUGCGUAGCUAAGUUUAGUUUCUACUUUUUAUUUUUUUCUCCGAAACGUUUGGUCAGAACCUGUAAGAACUUCGAGACCAUCCUGAGGGGCAGCAAUGGGGGAACGGAGGACACGCUCUUUCCACGUGGCGUGCCACAUGCAACGAGACCGCGACAGGAGGAUGAGGAGCUCGUUUAUACACUGCAGUCCUAACGGAUGCGCCACCACGAGCCUCAGCCUCAGCCUGGACCAUGACAUGGACCUUGCAGCUUCCACCGGAAGCAUCACCAGCAGCACGGCUCUGCAAGUCCCUGCAUCGAGCAUCCGAUGCUACUCUCCUGUUUCACUGGAACUGGAGCCCGUUGUGGUAAAUAAUGGAUCAGGCAUUCCCGGCUGCCCGACUGCUGACACAAAGGACCCGGCGGUGGAGAAUACAAACAACCAGCCCUCCGUCACCCCAAUCCCGCCACCCCUCCCUCGCUCCAGUUGGCUGCGUCAUCAUCAGAAGGAAUUUCAGAGUCCCUACAUCAAGACCAGCAUGCAGGGCGAUGUUUACAACUUUCUAGAGAGACCUGCUGGAAUGAAAUGCUUCCUCUACCACUUUCUAGUCUUCAUCAUGGUCCUGGUCUGUCUAAUCUUCAGUGUCCUGUCCACCAUAGAGCAAUAUGCAGACUUUGCUACAGGAACUCUCUUUUGGAUGGAGAUUGUGCUGGUGUUGUUUUUUGGCACGGAGUAUGUGGUCCGGCUGUGGUCGGCGGGCUGUCGCAGCAAAUAUGCAGGCAUCAAAGGACGCCUCCGCUUUAUCAGGAAGCCCAUAUCAAUAAUAGAUUUAAUAGUGGUCAUCGCUUCCAUCAUUGUCCUUGGUGUCGGCUCAAACGGCCAAGUGUUUGCCACAUCAGCCAUCAGGGGCAUCCGUUUCCUGCAGAUCCUGCGCAUGCUGCAUGUGGAUCGACAGGGCGGGACGUGGAGGCUUUUGGGGUCUGUUGUCUUCAUUCAUCGACAGGAGCUCAUCACCACUCUGUACAUUGGCUUUCUGGGCCUGAUCUUCUCAUCUUACUUUGUCUACCUGGCUGAGAAGGAUGCUGUCGAUGAGGAGGGCAAGACAGGCUUUUCCAGCUACGCUGAUGCCCUGUGGUGGGGUGUGGUGACCGUCACCACGAUCGGAUACGGAGACAAAAUUCCUCAAACGUGGAUCGGGAAGGCUAUCGCUUCCUGCUUCAGUGUCUUCGCUAUCUCCUUCUUUGCUUUACCUGCUGGCAUCCUGGGCUCAGGUUUUGCCUUAAAAGUCCAGCAGAAGCAGAGGCAGAAACACUUCAACAGACAGAUCCCUGCAGCAGCUUGCCUCAUCCAGACCCUUUGGAGGUGUUAUGCGGCAGAGAAACCAAACGGAUGCGCUGCCACGUGGAAAAUGUACGUCCUGACCCCUGAAGGUAUCGCCGCAGCGGCGGCGGACAACGGCAGUCCGAGCAUCAAGAAGCUGAACAUGGCGAAAAAGGGGACCAAGAGGAGGCCAAAGUCCAGAGGAUUUGCCUCCAUGGGUGUCGCCUCAGAGAGAGCCGUGUCGAUCCCCCAGAUCACCUACGAUCACAUUGACGACUCGGAGGAAAAAAAGGAUAUGUCGUUUUUUCUCAAAGAGCAAACGGGGACAGUUGAAGGGAUUGCCAGGAUGUUCAGGAAAUCAGGCCCCCCCCAUCACUCUUGGUCAUCUUUUACUCUGAGCUGCCCCACUUCUCCAGAGAAGGGAAGCCAUGAAAAGAGCACCUCCAUAGACAUCUCCCGGGCCAACAGCUUAACUGAUGAGCUUGAUGAUAUGAGUGAGGACAUUCCCCUGCCCGUGGUAACGAACAAGAAUCAGUUGUCACAUGCACAGAGAUCGGCAGUAAAAGUGCUGCGCAGAAUGCAAUACUUUGUUGCAAGGAGGAAAUUUCAGCAAGCGAGGAAGCCCUACGAUGUGCGAGACGUGAUCGAGCAGUAUUCCCAGGGUCACCUCAACAUGAUGGUUCGCAUCAAGGAACUGCAGAGAAGGCUGGAUGGCACUCUGGGGAAACCAGGAAUGUUUCUUCCAGGAAAGGGGGAAGAUAAAGAGUACCACACUAUAGGAGCCCAAAUGAUCAGACUAGAAGAGAAGAUCCACCAGAUGGACCUGAAAAUGGACUCGGUCCUGCGAAUCCUGAAGGAGCAGUUUCCACCCAAACAGGAGUUGACAUCCAAGCCCUCCAUCCGCAGGGUGACCAUCCAGAAGCGCAGCGGCGCCAGCAUCGACGAGGUUCCCUGAUGUCACCAUCAGGAACUCACUCCAAACUAGCGGGGAGUGUCAGUCUUCCAGAUCGUCCUCCUUUUUCUUUUUUCUUUUUCCUUUUUUUUCCCCAAAAUCAAACAUGUACCACUGACUUUUGCCCUCAAGAAACAACAACUAACCGUCACUGUGGGGCAUGAGGGCAAAACACCACAGUGACUGAGGCUCAGAGGGGAGAAAACCUCUUCCUCUUAAUGACUGACGGUCUAUCUUUGGUCUGAUAAUUUCUCUGUGAAGUUAACUUAGACUUCUAAGCAGCAUUCACUUAUUUUAAAUAUUCUUUCACCAAUGAAGUCAAAGCACUUAGUGCAAUCAUAGCACUCCACUUUUUGCAAAACCCUGAGAAACAUUCAAAGUCCAGCCUGGGCAGAAAUAUGCAUCAAAGCCCUCUGAUUAUUUUGGCGAUGUGAGCACCAACGCAACAGGAUUAUUUCCACAGGAACCAGCAGAAUCUGAGGUCGGCUGUUUAUUGGUAGUUAUCAAAUAACCCAAGCUGAGUGUGUAAAAAGGCCAGAAAAGUUCUUAUAGAACCUUAAACUUUGCAUUCAGAGGGGGUUUGAAGGGUCAAAGAAUAGCCUUUUCUAUGAGGUUGGUACGGUGGCCCUGAAGUCCAAAUCACAUAGACAAAUCAGUCAAUACAAAACAUAUUAAAGAUCACAACGGCAAUUAAAAAAGAAAAAUAGAUCAUUAAAAAUUACACUAUGAUUUUACGUUGAGGGAUUUUCGAAUCUGAUUUGCACUUCCGGGCCACCAUAGGAGGCCUCAAACACCUCCACCACUGUGGACUCUCAUCAAACUUCCUAAUAUGUGUGAAAAUAAAAAUAAAAACAACAUACCCCAUUAGAUUUUUCUUACCUCUGAGCAAAUGUAACAGGCAACGAAUAAAGAAACACUACAAGUGUUUGAUUCCGUUUGAGUUUUGCACCGCUUUUAUUUUGAAAGGCAACUCGAGGAGAAGGAAUCGGAAGCUCAAUUUGCGAUGAAGCUGUUUCCUGAUAGGCCUUUGAUAAUUGUAGCAUGCACUUUCCAAUGAUGAUAGAUGCACAGACAAAAGCAGGGUGAACAAGGGAACAAGCAGAAGGAAAAUGAGAUUGUUUUUUCUCUCUUUCUGCACUGGAGUGAAUUUUUCAUAGUUGCAGUGGUUGUAAUUAGUUAUUUUAUUUUCUGUUCAAUGAAGUAGCUUCAAAACACGUGUGGCAGAUCUUGAUACACGCAUGCCUGUACAGUUUUCUAAAACUUGUAAAUAAAAGCAUAACUGCCUUAUUGCACUGCGUUUAUAAUAAAAGAACAACCUGCUGUUUUUUUGUUUUUUUUUUUUGAAGGGAGGGGUCCUGAUGUAAAAAAAAGGAUGGAAAUGAUUGUGGACAGAUAUUCACACGCAUUCCCUCUGCACUGUAGCUCUGUUGUAAAUAAUAAAACUGGUUUUCAUUAA